UUCAAAAGACGGUUAUUUUAGUUGCUUCGGAGAAAGAGAAUGACAAGAGAGGGUGUUCUUGUCGUCAUCACGGACAUAUAAAGCCUCUCUCGUAAGACCACGAAACAUCUCAUCUUCGCACCCUCAUGUCUCGGCCAGAGUCGACGAUUUUUCCGACAUGAGGCCAAGCUUGUCCCGAGACUCGCAAGAGCCCAGCAGAGGAACCGCGUACCCGAACUCCGAGGAGCAACGCACCCACUCCAGCCCAGUCAAGAACCCCAGAGCUCAACCCAACUGGUCUCUCCUCAUCAGGAAGUACCUCGAGCAGGGCACGCCGAGGGAAGCAAUUCACUUGUACAAACAAAUCCGCUGCAACGGAGGCUACGGUUUGGGUCUCGUUCCUUUGGUAGCCAAAGCCUGCGCUUCUCUCGCAUUGCUUGGUCCCGCGAAAUCUUUGCACGCGGAAUCGAUCAAGUUCGGGUCUGAUCGCGACGUCGUAGUGGGCACCUCGCUGGUUGGUCUGUAUUCCAAGUGCGGUGAUAUCAGCGACGCGCGGAGGAUGUUUGACUUUAUGCCCGAGAGAAAUGUUGUGACGUGGAACGCUAUGCUCGGUGGGUAUUUGAGGAAUGGAGAUACGAAGUCGGCUUCGUGUUUAUUUGAACGGAUGUCAGCACGAAGCCACGUGACGUGGAUCGAGAUGAUCGAUGGGUUUGCCAAGAACGGAGAUACGAUGACUGCUAGGAGGCUGUUUGAUCAGGUUCCCCAGGAGAUGAGGAAUGUAGUUACAUGGACUGUAAUGGUGGACGGUUAUUCCAGCAAUGGAGAGAUGGAACUAGCGAGGGAAAUGUUUGAAGAUAUGCCUGAAAGAAAUUUCUUCGUGUGGUCAUCAAUGAUUUCUGGGUAUUGCAAGAGAGGUGAUGUGAAGGAAGCUGAGGCGAUUUUUGACAGAAUUCCAGUGAAAAACUUGGUGAACUGGAAUGCGUUGAUUUCUGGAUAUGCCCAGAAUGGAUUUUCGGACAAAGCAUUGCAAGCAUUUAGUGGAAUGCAAGCUGAAGGAUUAGAGCCUGAUGAGGUUACUGUGGUUGGUGCCCUAUCAGCCUGUGGUCAGUCUGGAUCAUUGGAUGUUGGUAAGAAAAUACAUGAUAUGAUAACGAAUAAGAGAAUUAAUCCUAAUCAAUUUGUCUUGAAUGCGCUGGUUGACAUGUAUGCCAAAUGCGGGGAUUUAACUAAAGCGAAAUUAAUUUUUGAUGGGAUACCCGAGAAAAAUUGUGCUUGUUGGAACUCCAUGAUUUCAGGUUUUGCCAUUCAUGGACAAUGCAAAGAAGCUCUUGAGUUUUUCACGAAAAUGGAAGACUCAGGUCAGAAACCGGACGAAGUGACAUUUCUCAUUGUAUUAUCGGCAUGUGCUCAUGGUGGUUUUGUGGAUGAAGGUUUGGAAAUCUUCUCAAAGAUGGAUAAAUGCAACAUCUUAGUCAGGGUCAAGCAUUAUGGCUGCUUGGUUGAUUUAUUAGGGAGGACUGGAAGAUUGGAAGAAGCUUUUAAGCUAAUCAAGGGAAUGCCAGUGGAACCAAAUGAUGCAGUCUGGGGUGCUUUGCUUGGGGCAUGCAGAAUCCACUCAAAUCUGGAGAUGGCAGAGGAUGUCUUGAAGGAUAUUAGAACACUUCAUCACAAUAAAGAUUCCCAUGAUGACUCUCAUUAUGUGCUACUGUCAAACAUUUAUGCUGCUUCUGAUAAAUGGGAGAAGGCUGAGAGGAUGAGAUUAGUCAUGGGAUACAAAGGGGUUCAGAAAGUUCCAGGAUGCAGUUCCACAAUGGCUGCUUGCUGUGAAAGUUGGUGACUGUGAAGGCCAGUUUUCCUCCCAUUGAAUUUUAUUCCAUGCUAUACCAUGUUCAGAGGGCUUAGUGGGGAACCGGCAGUUUUUCAUGUUCACAAGGUUUACUCACCUGAUUGGCGUGCUUAUCGCGGAAAAAUAUCAUGUCAUACUGGACAAUAUGCUGAGACUAAAUUUCUAUGGUACUGGCCUGUGAAGCCAAUUACUACUGUGCUUCCAAGUCAAAGCACCAGCCUCGACUAUAUGGUAGGAAAUAUUCAUUGGGUUGACACAGAGAUGAGAAUUGUCGUGUCUUUAGCCAUGGGCAUGGUGCUAAAGCUAUUCUACAUCAGCCUUGCAAAAACUUGGAAAAAGGCAUGUCUAGUACUAGCAUCUUGCUGCCUGAUGCUCCUGCAGACGUACAUAGGAAAAGAAAAGAU